CACCAAUUGUGAGUCCCACAUGUUAACGACCAAGAUGCUGAAAUCGCCUCUCGAGUAAAAUAGGGGCACAAUCUGAAACAGAGAACCAAACUGUCUUAGCAGACCCAUCAAAUUUCUCACAGAAGCUCCCAUGGCAGAACCAAAAACAGAGCUCAAGGACUCUCUCUCAGAGAAAUCACUAGGACAUCAUGCUGAUAAAUCACCAAAACAUCACAAAGAAACCCAUGGAACGAGUGAUGACAUAGAUGAAACCACCCCAGUAGAUGAAGUCAAAGGCCCGGGUGUGUUUGAACGAAUUAAGGAAGAAGUCGAAGCCAUUGUUGAGGCAAUUCAUCCUAAGAAAGAAUCCAGCAGUCAUGACUCAUCUCCUAAGUGAGAGGUUGGUUGAGCCUCAGUUGUAAGCAUGCUUCACAAGUUUUGCUCUCAUUUGGAGUAAAUGGGACAAAUCUAAUAUUGUAUUAUCAAUCUUUGUGUUAUUUCUCUCAUGAUUCCUCAAAAAUGAUUAUGAUGUUGUAUUCUUUGAUUAUAUUGUUUAGAAGACAUUAAUUUCGAUUUUAUAUCUCGAGGGUGGCCAUAAACACCCCAAUUGUAGAUGCUAAAUAAAACCAUGACAAUGGUAGUUACAUCUACCAUAUAUAUGUUGAUUUCCAUUUGGCA